AGUCUUCCUUCCUCCCCCGCCGCCGCCAUCUUCCUCCUUGUCGACGAGACGCGCAUGGACGUCGCUCAGGUCGCCAUCUCCGGCCCCACAGGCUCCCCGUACGCCCUUGGUCUCUUCCUCUUCGAUGUUUUCUUCCCCGACCUUUACCCUGACGUUCCUCCUCUCCUCCUCCUCCGCACUACCGGCAACGGCCUCGUCCGCUUCAACCCCAACCUCUACUCCGACGGCAAGGUCUGCCUCUCCCUCCUGGGCACCUGGCACGGAGAAGCCUGGAACCCUUCCUCAAGCACCUUCCUUCAGGUUCUUGUGUCCAUCCAGAGCCUCAUCCUCGUUGAUCAACCUUACUUCAAUGAACCCGGGUACGAGCUGCAGAAGUCCUCGCCGGAGGGGAGGAGGAGGAGCAGGGAGUACAACGACACUAUCCGUCUCAACACAGUUCGCUAUGCCAUGCUCGAGCACCUUCGAAACCCUCCGAUGGGGUUCGAGGACCUAGUUCGCGCUCACUUCAAGGAGCUGAGAAAUUUCGUGCUGGGCGAGUGCAGGAGGUGGGCGCGCGAGUCGCUCUCCUCCGACAUCCGCCGCGAGCUC